AUGUCACGGCGUGGGAAAGGUAAUGCUGAUCGCUCGCAGGAGAUUAUGGAUCGAUCAUCGGCGAUAUCAUCAGAGCGCCCGCGGUGGAUUGUCGGCAACGAACUCAUCUGCAACUGGCUCAACGUCCUCUUGCUUCACGGAAGUGAUCCGCGUUGGAAGAACCAGAGACGCGUGAUCAAUUCCUAUUUGACAAGCGUUCCGCGAGCGGAUGCUGGGGUACCGAUCCUUCAAUAUGAGACAGCAAGGUUUCUUUAUGAUAUUGCGAAUAACCCAGAAGCCGGUCAGGAUGGUGUUCGGAUACUAUGGUUGAUUGCUCGCUAUACGCAUAGUGCUUUCGCAACACAGACCUUUGGCAUGGACGUACGUGCUCUCUUCACUUCUUCCUUCACUUCUUCUCUCGGCCGGCCUACUGACAAUUCGUCGGAUAGAUACCUAACGCUGAUGAUCCUGUUAUUGAAUAUAUACAUGAGACAGGUCUGGCCCAGAUACUGGGUAGGUUGUACCAUCCCCGGAAUGCACAUGGUUGAUAUUUUCACGUGGCUGAAUUAUCUACCUCUCUGUCUCAAGCCAUGGGAGCGAGAUGCCAGGAAACGAUUCAAGCGAGACUUGGAAUGGUGCAUGGCGCGACUGGAGAGUAUAAAAGAUCCCGCAUUUGCAGGGCAGUAUAUGGCAGACGCCUUUCUCCCUUCCGUCAUCCAAGCCUCCGACCGUGGGGGCUUCACCACGGAGGAAGAAGCAGCCUAUCUGUCACUUCAGCUUAUCAUUGGCGCUGCGGACACGCAGAAGGCACGAGCUGAGAUUGGGGCGGUGGUGGGCGAUCGCCUACCCGAUUUUGCUGACCAAGAGCACAUUCCGUACAUUCGAUGCAUCGUGAAAGAGCUCUGGCGGUGGCGGCCCCCUGUGUCCCUUGGCCAUCCACACGUCACCACGAAGGCAAUAAUCUAUAAGGGGCAACAGAUCCCUAAAGAUGCCCGGCUGCAUCUCAACGCAUGGGCCAUCUCACACGAUCCGAAAAGGCACGAAAACCCAGAUCGUUUCUGGGCUGAAAGAUACGCUGAUGACCAUACAACAACAAUGCAGAGUAUCAACUCGUCGGACGUGACCAAGCGCGAUCACUUUGCAUUCGGUGCGGGCCGUCGUAUUUGCCCCGGCUAUCACGUCGCUGAACGAUCACUCGCCAUUGCGAUGAUGAGGAUCCUCUGGGCCUUCGAGGUUAAGUGGGCCGAGGGGACAAAACACCCUGUCGAUCAAUUGACGUACACGCGCCGCUCCGAGAUGCCUGGAAAUCCAUCGUCCAGACUGCCCGUCGCACUGCGAGUCUUGAACCAGAAAAAGGCAAAGAUUAUCAAUAACACGUUCCAGGCGCUGCAGCAAGAGCGAUUACCUAUAGUCUGCCAGUCUGUCCUGAAGGCGACUCCUCUCACGCUAUAA